AUGAAACAAAAUAUAUUAAUAUUUGUGAUUAUUGCUUUCGGAGCAUUAUGUUUAGCUUAAUUGACAAUUCAAGUUACAAAUUAGUGUGAAUGUUCAUAAUUUGAUCAAUACACUUGCGGUACUUUGAAUAAUUAGUAAUCUUGUGGAUGGAAUGCUACCUCAAAUUCAUGUCAAAGCCUAGGAUGCAGAUAAUUGAAUAAUUAGACUAGUUGUUAGCUAAAUUUUUUAGACUGUUGGUGGGAUGGAAGUAAAUGUUAAUAAUUUAGUUCUUGUUCGAAUAUAAAUUCUUCUCAAAAUUUGUCAUGUUAUUAGUAAAAUAUUCAAUGCUCAAAUUAAUAAAAUUCAACAAUCUGUGUAUCAUUAGAUAAUUUACCAAAAUGCUCUUAAUUUAAUUAGACUUAAUGCUCCUUAUAAUAAAUGGGUUUUCAAGGAACAUUAUGUUAUUGGAAUAAUUCAACAUGUUAGACAGCAUAAUCUUGCACAAACUUUUCGUAGAGUCAAUGUUCAUCAUUGGAAAAUCUUUGUAUUUGGAAUAACAAUUCUAAUUCAUGUGUACAAAAAUAAUGUGGUGAUUAUACAUUUGAAUAAGAAUGUAAAUUUGUAAUAGAAGGAUUGAAUCCUAAAACCAUUACGCCAUGCUAGUUUGUAUAAGGAUAAUGUUAGUCAUAUUAAAAUGCUAAGAGUUUAAAUUCUCAAGAUUGUUCAUAAAAAACACUUUAAACAUAUUACUGGAUCUAAGUUUCAAAUAGUUCUGGAUUAUGUAUCCCAUGUAUGUACAAAAUACCUUAACUUGACUCAAUUAAUUAAUAUCAACCAAAUAAUGAAUGUUAAUGUUCAAAUUACCUAAGUGAAUAAUGCCAAUAAACAGAUUACUGUACUUGGUAGAAUAAUACAGAAUGUAAUACAUUGGGUUGUAAUCAGAUAAAAGAUUAACUAUCCUGCAUAGAAAAUCUUUCAUGCAUAUGGCAGAAUAAUACUUGUUAAUAAUUUUCAAAUUGUCCUUAGGCACAAACUUAAUAAAAAUGUCUUGGCAGCUCAUUCAAUUGCCCUUUUUUUAAUUUCACUUCUUCAUAAUGUACUGGUUUGUCUUCUUCCUUAUGUUUGAGCUAAACUACAAAAGAUUUAUGCUUAAUGUAACUAGGAUAUUGCUAUUGGUCAGGAUAUUAAUGUUAUCAAGUUUAAACUUGUGAAUAAAUAACUUCAUAAAAACAAUGUUAUAGAUUUGGUUAUUCCUGUAUGUGGUAUCAAAACAGAUGCUAAUCAUUAACUUGUGCAUCCAUUUAGGAUUCUAAAAACUGUAUUUAUACAAUUCCAAAUUUGUACACAAAUGACGUUUAGCCUUGUAUUUGGCAAAGUGGAAAAUGUUAAAAUUUAACUGAUUCAAAUAAUUUGAAUGCUACUUAAUGUAUUUCAAAUACUUUACAUACUUUUAAAUGGACAGGCUCAAGUUGUGUUUCAUGUUCAUAGCAUAAAAAUCAAACAAAACUUUAUUUAGAAAUUCCUAAUCAAUGUUAAUGUUCUUAAUUAUAUAAUGAAUUUGAUUGCUCAGAAUAAAGUAGUUCUUGCAUGUGGCAAAACAAUUAUUGUUAACAACUUGUAUGUUCAAAUAUAGUGAUAUAAUCAAACUGUGCAUCCAAUAAAAAUUGUCUUUGGUCUGGGGGGUAAUGCGUAAAUUUUACAUCUUGUGGUAGUUUAAUAGGAACAUCUCAAUCUGAAUGCAUAGUUUAAAGUAUUAAUUGUCCAGGAAGUAAUGGGAAAAAUUGUACAAAUACAAUGAGUCCAUGUUCAUCUUAUUCAAAUUAGAGUUUAUGUACACAUGUAUUAGGUAAUAAUGGAUUCUGUAUAUGGCAAAAUGGAUCCUGUUAAAUAUUGAGCAAAUGUUCAUAAUUAACAUAAUAAAAUGAUUGCUAAUAGUUUUAAAAGUAGUGCUAUUGGAGUAAUAAUAUUUGUUAACCUGUAAGUUGUUCAAUAUUUACUAAUCCAUAAACAUGUUAAUACUACUAUUCAUCAAUCAAUUCUUAUACUCCAAUUCCAUGUUAUUGGAAUUCAGCUUAAGUAGUUUGCGCUUAAACAACAACUUAUGCAAACUAAUUAACUUCAGCCACUUGCUCAAUAAAUACUAAAUAAACAGCAAGAUGGAGUAAUACUUUAAAAAUCUGUUUGACUUGUUAAGCUCCUUAAUACCCAAAUCCCUAUAGAUGUGCAUGUUCUUAAUUAAUUUCAUAAAUAAACUGUAUGUAAAGUUUAGAAUGCCAAUGGAAUACUCAAAGUAAUCACUGUCAACAAUAACCAUGCACUGGAUUGACUUAAUCAUUAUGUAUUCAAAAUUCAUAAUGCAUGUGGAAUAAUGGGUCUUGUUAAACAUUCACAUCAUGUACUGCAUUAUCAGGUGGUAGUUCAGAUGAAUGCGCCUCUUAGACUCUACGAUGCCCAUAUUAUAAUUCUAAAACUAACAAGUGUUAGGCAGCAACUUUAAAUAACAAUCUAACUUGUUAAGAUAUUAAUAAUCCAUAAGAAUGCUUUGAUCACUAAUCUCCAUAUUUUUAAUGUUCUUGGAAUUAUAAUACAAACAAAUGUUUUUUUGGAGACAAUUGUUCAUAUUAUGACUAUUAACAAUGUAUCCUCUCAUCAAUUUGUUAUUAUUCGAAUAAUGUAUGUUAGUUGAAAUCAUGUCAAAAUUAUACGACAAAAGAAUAAUGUACUUUUAUAAUUUAUCCAACUAAUUGGAAUUAUGUUUAAUCAUGUGCAUGGAAAAAUGGUGCUUGUGUUGCUGCAGAUAAUCUUUUUUCAGAAAAUACAUGUUUCGUUAAUACAGAUUAAACUGGUAGAUGGAGCACCAAUAAUGAGGAUGGUUAUUGCAUUCCUUGUAGUAUUCAAUUUAGUUAAUUGCUUGUUCCAAGAAAUAAAUGUUUAUGCGCUUAGAUAUUAACUCAAUAUGAAUGUAAUUUAGCUAAUUGUUAUUGGAAUUAAGGGUUUUGUAAUGAAAGUGGUUGUCCUUAAAACCAACUCUAAUGCGUUUAAAAAGUAGAAUGCUAUUGGCUUUAUGAUUCAAAUUACUAAAAAGGAGGUUCUUGUGAAUUUAUUAUAAAUCCAAUACAAUAAGAUUUUUGCACUAAACUUAGAGGAAAGAACUCAUUAGAAUGUCUAGCUUAAACAACAUUAUGCCCUGUUUCUAUUGAUGGAGUUUGUCAAAGUAGAGAGCAUUUAUAAACUUGUUCAAGCAUUGAGUCUUUGUAAUUAUGUUCAAAUGGAAUUGGAUAGGAAGGAUAUUGCAAAUAUGAAAAUUAAUCUUGUUAAAUACUUACAAGUUGCUCUUAAAUAACAGUUUAAGGUGAAUGCUAUUUGCUUGAUAAAGCAUGUUUAUGGAAUGUUACUUAAGGUAUAUGUGAGUAAAUGACUUGUGCAUCCUAUUCUUAAACAAAUUGUUCAUUUGUCUAUUAAAAUAUUGAUAGAGCAAAUAUAGUAACAUGUGUUUGGAAUGGCACUGGUUGUGCUUCUGCCUCAUAUCUUAUUAAAUAGUAUUCAUUUUAACAAUGUUACUAAACUACUGGUGGAACUUAUCAUUGGAGUAAUCCUGAAUAAUCUAAUGGAUAAUGUAUUUCAUGCUCAUUAAAUAGAAUUAAACCUAAAAAUGCUUGUUCCUGUACAGAUCUAAAUGAAAUAGAAUGUACCUUAUCUAAACCUGUAUGUAAACUAAUUUAGAAUAAUCAAUGUGUAAAAUCAGAAUGUAAAGAAAUAUUAGAUUCAGUACAUUGUUCUUAACAGAAUGAAUGUAUGUGGCAAUCUAAUUCAUGCGUGCCUUUUACAAAUUGUACUGAAUUGAAAGGUUCCUCUGCUCUAGAUUGUAUGGCAUAAUCAUUAUAAUGUCAAUCUCAAAGUAAUUAGAUUUGUUAAUCUGCAUCGAGUUUGGAUUCAUGUAGUAAAUAUGGAAGUGACUCGUGUCAUUAUGGUUCAAUAGGAUCAGAUGGUUUAUGCUAUUGGAACACCUCUAGCUAAGUUUGUUAAGUCAUUUCUUCUUGUGAUAAAGUUAAUAAUCAACCUAUUUGUUAAUCUUUGGCUCCUGCAUGUUAAUGGAGUUUAUAUUUCUCAUCAUGUGUCCCAUUCUAAUGUUAAGAUUAUCCCAAUGAAAUAUAAUGCAAAAAUGUGAUAGUUAAUCUACAAGAUCCUCAAAUUAUGUUAUGUGUUUGGAAGAAUCAAAAAUGCUAACCUUAUGAAGAUACUUAUUAUAGGUUUGAUAGUGCUAUUUGUUUUGUCCAAUCUGAUCACACGUAUAGAUGGAUUAAAGAAGAUAAAUAUGGUGUUAGAUGUUAAUAAUGUCUUUCAGCAUACUUAAUCAAUUUCAUAGCACUUGCAACAUUGAUUAUUAUAUGA